AACUCUUCAUAUCACAUUGGCUACAAAAAUUCCUGUUUUUAUCAGAAAAAAUGACACCGACAGUCGAGACGGGUUCCCAAGACACUGACGAAGAUUCUCUCAGCGACACUCUCGACCGACAACCGAGCAGUGUCGACUCCAUUACGUGCAGGAUCUGCCAAAGUGCAACGGAAAAGUCCCGUUUAAUCUCGCCUUGCCUGUGCAAAGGAUCCCUCCGCUACGUGCACCGUGAAUGCCUCGAGCAUUGGCUCAGCCGGUCCGGUCUUACGUACUGUGAGCUGUGUUUGCAUAGGUUCCAAACAUACUCGACGCUAAGGUACAACUGUAUCGAAUCUUUGUGCCUUUGGUAUCGUCAUCCGAACAAUCGUGGUUUGCUGCUGUCGGAUGCACUGAUUUAUGUCGUCCUGUCAUUCAUCUGCUUCACCCUGACAAUGAUCUGCAUUCUGGUGCUACGUUUCCAGAGCCAGCGUGGCAACACACUUCAGGAGACACUCGCCUCGACCGCCAUUGUUUGCUUUUUGCUGCUGGUGCUAAUUGUGUAUCUAACCAACAUCGUUGUCAUGGCUAAGGAUCACAUCAUUCCGUGGUACAGAUGGUGGAGAUCGUCCAGGAGGAUCCGCCUGUCGGAAGAAUCCAUGCUGGAAGAGCAAAGCCUCCCAAGCUCCGAAAUUGUGGUUUAAUUUUGUGGACUACCAACAAAUCUUGAAACGACUGCCUAAAUGUCUACGUACGAGUAUAACGAGAAAUAAAUCAUCUGACAGUAUAA